GGGAGGUUGUGGAAUCCCCUUCACUGGAGGUUUUUAUGAACAGGUUGGACAAACACCUGCCAGGGAUGUUCUGGUUUACUUGGGCCAACCUCAGUGCAGGCAGGGGGUUCGACUUGAUGGUCUCUCAAUGUCCCUUCCAGUCUUUCAUUUCUGUGAUAGUCCAGAUGGUCAUAAAAACAAAGAGCAUGAGAUAAUUUAUUUAGACGUAGUCCCUGCCUGUGGGAGAGUUUGAGAACCCCUCCUGUAUGACAAAAAUGAACCCAAACAUGCUUUUGUCUACUGAACAUUAGAUGUUACCAUUGGGCAAAAAGCAUCUCUGGAAAACACACUUUAUUAAUAUACAUAAAAUGUAAAAACUAAAACAAACUUUCCCUCAAUCAUAUUACAAGAUAAUAGUUUAUGAAUGGAAUCAGAUUAAUUGACAAAAUACUUGUGACAUUUCAACUUUAUAGCAUCAUCUCCCAAAUGAAUUAGAAAAUAUAUAUUAUUCCCCCAAACAUUUAGGGGGAGAAUUUUCAAAGACCAAAAUGGCAGGUAGGUGCAAAAUGAAAGCCUAUGAACAUCCCCAUCUUGGGUACCAAUCUGCCUUCUGUUACAUAUAUGAAACAUCUAUUGCAAGAUUAUUUAUAGGAAUUGUACCAGGCUAACUGAAAGCAAAAUUUGGGACUCCAAGGGUUUAUGAUUUUUAUACCUAUAAUUUUGUUAUGCAUUUCACAACAUAUCAAACAUAGGAUAUCUGUUUCCCACAGGAUACAUGUUUUUACUAGUUUCUCUUGCAUGUGUAGUCAUUGUCUCAAAUUUUCUGCGCAUGAACAUUUUUCAGUUUCUAAAUCCAUAAGGAUCCUUCCACUUCCUCCAGAUGUUAUUCUGCUUGCUUGCUAUGUAUGGGAAGCCAGACUAUUUCCCAUAGCCCUGUGGACUGUUUAACUACUCUACAAACCAGAGCUGUUAAUGAGCUUUGUUUCAAGCAUAUGUCUUCAUAUGUCAACACUUUUGCUUAUGUCAGAAGGUUAAAAAUGGAAACAUUUUUUUCCUUUAAGAAAACAGACACCCAAAUAAGGAGAUGACUGAGUGCUUAAGAUUCCCCUAGUGAAUCGCUUCCAGCUUGUUCCUUAGAAAGGCUGCACAUGAAAGGUCGGGGGGGGGGGCACCAGGGAUUUGGGCUGCAUCCAAAAUAUUGAGUAAGGGUCUUUGAGACUUUAAAGCUAACUACAACCAUUCAAGGGUUCACUGUGCUGCAUGCCUAGAGCAGUGCUCUACUACUUUCACAACCUAUUUUUAAGACUGUUUACUACAAGUUUGUUCUUGCAAAGCUUUUCUUCUCUUGUGUGAGAGAGACACAACCCCAUCCUCCAGCAAAAAUGGAAGCCAUCAAGAAAAAGAUGCAGAUGCUGAAGCUAGAUAAGGAGAAUGCAAUUGAUAGAGCUGAACAGGCUGAAGCAGACAAGAAAGCAGCUGAGGACAAGUGCAAACAGGUAGAGGAUGAGCUGGUGGCACUGCAGAAGAAGUUAAAAGGAACUGAAGAUGAACUGGAUAAAUACUCAGAAGCUCUCAAAGAUGCUCAGGAAAAACUGGAACAGACUGAUAAGAAGGCAACAGAUGCAGAAGGUGAAGUGGCAGCUUUGAAUCGGCGUAUCCAGCUGGUGGAAGAGGAGCUGGAUCGUGCCCAAGAACGUCUGGCGACUGCCCUGCAGAAACUGGAGGAGGCAGAGAAGGCAGCAGAUGAAAGUGAGAGAGGUAUGAAAGUUAUUGAAAACAGAGCAAUGAAGGAUGAAGAAAAAAUGGAAAUUCAGGAGAUGCAGCUGAAAGAGGCUAAGCAUAUUGCUGAGGAGGCUGACCGUAAAUAUGAAGAGGUUGCGCGUAAACUGGUCAUUUUGGAGGGUGAACUAGAGAGAGCCGAGGAACGUGCUGAGGUGUCAGAACUAAAAUGCAGUGACCUUGAAGAAGAACUAAAAAAUGUCACUAACAACCUAAAGUCCCUGGAGGCUCAGUCUGAGAAGUACUCUGAAAAAGAGGAUAAAUAUGAAGAAGAAAUCAAGCUUCUCUCUGACAAACUCAAGGAGGCUGAAACACGUGCGGAGUUUGCAGAAAGAACGGUUGCUAAACUGGAAAAGACUAUUGAUGAUCUGGAAGUUCCCCCAGCUCUUGCACCCGAAGCCCUGUGACCGCAACAGACUGGACUAUUAUCUACUGUGGAUCACGUGGCCAAUCUCCAGGGCAAGAAAAGAAAUACAAAGCAGGAAAUGUGGGGUGAGCUGCAGUCAGAGUCCAGAACAGGACCAAGAAGACAGAGGACUGGAGAGGAGUUUUCAUUGCAGAGAAGGAGGCCAGAGAAAUCCCUAGAAGACCAUUGAAUUGAUGAGGCAAACUCUAGGAAACCUCUAGGAUGUGCAAAACCAGCUCCUUGAACUGAUGACAAAGCAGUUUUGCUAGAGACCCUUAGAGUGCCAUCUUCCCACCCAACACUACAGUCACAUCCCAGACAUAUCCUGCAGCCUGUGGACAAUACUGCUUCCUGAGAGCAGCACCUGCACGUCCCAGAAUUCCAUCAGGCACUUUCCUGGGAUGUGGUGUGUGGAGGAGAGUGAAAACACUGAAUUCUGGGAACCCACCUUCAUCCCCACAACUACAAACAAUGGCUUCUGCUCUCACCAUUCCACAUAUGAAGGGAAAGAGCACCCAGAAAUCCUGUACAAUCAUGUUUACUCUGCACUUACAGGCAGGCUGUCCAUGUAUCUGCAGAGUUUAAAAAUGAGCAUUUUUUUCAAAACUCAACAUAUUUUAUUGAGCUGAAAUUUGCACUGUAUUAUUGUUUGUUACCAGGGUUACAAAUUGGGACAGACUUAUUCAAUUUCUUGUUUUCAU